ACAGUGAGCUGACGCAAUGCAUUGCGGGAUAGUCAAGAUGGCUUCCCGUUCACAACAAAAUACGAUGUCGUCUGUAGACCAAAAGAAACAAGAGUUACUUCGCCGUAUUGAAGCGAAGAAAAGUGGAAAUUUUUCUGCUUCUACAAACGCAUCUUUAUCUACAGCAAGUGUUAGCAACGCUAAUAAUUCACCCAAUCCGAAUGUGAACCAUACUUUAUUCAACAAUGAUGGAAAUUUUCUUGCUCGCUUUCAAGCGAUGCAACAACAACAGUCUAGUAGUCCUCAAACUCCAGAACCAAACAAGUCCGUUCCAUCAAGUGAAGAUAAUUCAAAGAAAAAGAAAGUGACUGUGUCUAUGAAAGUUGUCAAAACAUCAGUACCAUCAACAAAAACGACAAACAAACCAAAAGCAAAGUUAUCACGUUUUGACGUGUUUGAAACUCCUGAGGAAGAAACUGGUAAUUACUCAAUUUCUUGAUGAGAUUCUUAUUCACUUGGGAGCCUAUGACCAGUUGUUUAUGCAGCAUAUGUAGUUAAAUUAGCAGUCAAUGACUAUUUGUUUUAGUAUAUCACAUGUAGUCCUAGGGCGGGAAGUUCGGAGGAUAUAGAUUGAACGCCAAAGAACUUUGACAUAGUUGCAUUGUGCCCUAUAAAUGCACCAUACUUUCUUAUAUACUCUGUCUAACGCUAGAUGAUUUUACACAUCAAGGGGAGAGCACUGACUCUCAAUGGCUGCAUUAAUUCUCUCACUUUCGAUACAGAAUGGGCUAUUGACUAUGAAGUGAUAUUCCCUUCAAAAUGCAACUGCGAUAUUUGUUAUGCAACAUUGUAUUUUGAUAAACUAAUUUUCUUUAACAAGGCUGUAUUUUGGAACACUGUAUUAUGCAAGCAUGCUUGUAUCCUGGUAUACUGCAAUGUGCAAGCUUGUAUUUUGGAACAUUAAAUUGUGUAAGAUUGCAUUAUGGAACAUUAUAUUAUGCAAGCUUGUAUUAUGGAACAUUAAAUUGUGAAAGCUUUUUUAUAUUAUGCAACAUUAAUUAAAUUGUGAAAGCUUGUAUUAUGCAAGCUUGUAUUGUGAAACACGCGACGCGCGAGUCGAAACACGUGCUCGUUCGAACCGCGUGUUUAUAACGGUCUUGAAAUAAAAAAUAAUGGCUGAUCAACAAACAAACACUGGUCAGUCAAACUUCACACAAGUUGUUAGCUUGUUGAGACAAGCGGAAUCUUUACUUUCAGGUGUAUCUAAUAUAGUGAUAACACAGUAGCUAUAAUAAUACAAAUGCAUAAUUAAGGCCACCUAACAGUUCAACCCUGACAGAGAAUUCGAAUGUGGAUAGCGUGCCAUCAGUCGCGACAACGUCGACAAGUUCUGAUAGAUCCUUAGCGAACUUUCGCUCGCUUUUUUCCAGUUACCAUCGUGGGUCAUUUCGGCAAAAUUCAUCUUGUGCAUCUUUGGCUCCACCGCCAAAACGAAAACGAACACUUGUAUGGUCUGAUGUAUGCCAGUGCUUGGCCUAAUCCGGAUGCCUCUCUCAAAAAGGGCACAGAGUAACCAGAUGGUGGUAGAAGUAUUACAACCAAAUCUUUUUUGCUAGCUCUGCUGCGAAGGAUUUCGAAACCACCACAAUUCUGAAGUUUGGGAAAAUAUUCUUCGAGUUUGGCCACAAAAGCAGAUGCACUGCCAUCUUUCUUAAAAACUUUUUUUUUCCUUCCUAACCCAGCAAGCUGAAGGUCACAUUUUUGUCCUCGAGUUGAUUGAUAGUUUUGAUGGCGAUCAGCCAAACAAAAGAAUUAUCCGCGUAUCUUUGGGUACAAACUGAGAAAAUGUUUGUUUUCGUUUUGGCGGUGGAGCCGAAGACGCACGAGAUGAAUUUUGCCGAAAUGACCCACGAUUGU